GUUUUGCGUCAUUUAACAAUGGGUCUCUUUUGUGUGUCAUAACCAGUCUGCUAUUAUUUCUGCGAAAGUUACCCUCUAUAGCUCUGGAUGAGCAUUUCCUCCUGUGCUACGUACUUCAUAUGCGAGCGCUUUAUUUUUCCUUUAGCAGCAUUUGAGCUCUGUUUCUAUUUCUACCACAUCUUAUCCUAUUUUAUCUUGAUGUUCCUACUUCUUACCUACCCCUCCAAUUCCCCUCUCAUCCAGUCUGUUGUGUGCGUUUCGUUCCAUUCCAAUGCGUCUUUCAACCCCUAUCUCACAUUGAUUAUCAUGUCCUAGGGGCCUCCACAGGUCUUAUCCUUAUGUGUACGACAGCAAUCGGAUCUGUUUCAUUUGCGCAUUGGUUCC